AGAUUUAAAAUCCAACAAUACAGUCAAUCUGAGCAAAUGAAGACUCCCUACUGUCUGCAGUCCAGUGUUUAGUGCUGACUCAGUCGACUCGUUAUAAAUGGCUCAGCACGCUACAGAUACGCUCCUGGAGCUAAAACAGAAAGUUGGCAGUUGUAUCGACGAAGCCAAGGACAGGCUUCAUCGUCUUAGUAAAGACAUAUGGAGUUGCCCAGAACUCGCAUAUGAAGAAAGAAAGUCCCACGACAGGUUAGUUACAUUUUUCUCAGAGGAGAAGGGAUGGACUGUGGACAGUCAUUAUAAGCUCGAGACAGCAUUCCGUGCCAUAUGGGGACCUGUCGGUGGCAAGGAGAACAAUAAUGUCAUAAAUGUUGGUUUCUUGUGCGAAUACGACGCACUGCCAGGCAUUGGACAUGCAUGUGGCCAUAACCUCAUUGCGGAAAUAGGAGCUGCUGCAGCGAUCGGAUUGAAAGCUUUGGUAGAACACACACCCGAUUUCCCCGUCCCUGUACAGGUGACAGUGUUGGGAACCCCAGCAGAAGAGGAUGGAGGGGGUAAAAUCGACCUGAUAAGAGAGAGAGCGUUUGAUGGCAUGGACGUGGUAUUCAUGGCUCAUCCCUCACAGGAGGAUGCUUCCUGGCUGCCAGAUGUGGCUGAACACGAUGUCAUAGUGAGAUACCAUGGCAAGGCAUCUCAUGCUGCAGCCUAUCCCUGGGAAGGGGUCAACGCGCUGGACGCUGCUGUCCUUGCCUACAAUAACCUUUCAGUGCUCAGACAGCAACUCAAGCCAGACUGGAGAAUCCACGGUAUCAUCAAGCAUGGAGGGGUGAAACCCAACAUCAUCCCUGCCUACACAGAGCUGGAGUACUAUCUCCGAACUCCCUUACGUAAAGACUUGCCCACCAUCAAGGCCAAGGCUGAGAUGUGUUUUAGAGCCGCUGCCAUGGCAACUGGCUGUGAAGUUGAACUGGAGUUUGCAAGGAAUGCCUUUCACAAUGUCCUGCGGAAUCCCACCCUGCAUGGGUUGUAUGAGGUAAACGGCAAGGCUUUGGGGAUGGAAUUCACUACAGAUGAAGAUGUCCUCAAAAACACCUCUGGCUCCACAGACUUUGGCAAUGUGUCUUUUAUUGUUCCUGGAAUCCACCCUUACUUUUACAUUGGCUCAGAUGCUCUAAACCACACAGAGGAAUACACCGUAGCUGCUGGUGAUGAUAAAGCUCAGUUCUACACCCUGCGGGCGGCCAAGGCCCUGGCCAUGACAGCACUGGAUGUGCUGCUGUGCCCAGAGCUGCUGCAGAGAGCCAGAGAGGAGUUAAAGGAGGCUAACCUAAAGGAGGAGCGGGCCCUGAGAGGGGCCUCAGAGGCCAAACAUUGUGGAGGGGCAGCCCAGCACUGAACCACAUACUGUAUACUAACAGUAGGCUCUGGCAGAUAGCCUACCAUGUCAUCUCCUGCCCACCUGAUUCAACCAAUCAACUUCAUGAUCUUAUUGAAAUUAAUUACCUAACUUAGUGUGGGGCUAGAACAAAACCCUGUGAUCUGUAGCUCUCUGUUGACCAAUGUUUGUGUUCACUGAUCUUUCUGGUCAAAGGUAACCAUAAUAGAGUGAAAUACUACUGAUCCGCUGGUCAGUUUUGAUAUUCCAACAGCUGAUGAUGGGCUAUUGAUAGGAGGAAAAUCUUAAUCAACUUGAUUUUCAGCCAUUUAUGGGGCCCUAAAAACAUUAUUUGGUGCUUCUACCAAAGAUAUGAGUCUCUGUUAUGUGUGAGCACUUGAAUUGUUAUUAUCAUUACAUUAUAAAAACACCCUCAUUACA